CGCAGCCUCAAACAGACCGCCGUUCUGAGUUCUCAACAAGUCAUCAAGAAAUUCGGUACAUUAUCAUGGCAGCCUCAAGCUCUUCCAGCCAUGACAUGGCCACAGGAGGAGUAACUGAUGAUGGACAGAACGAUGAUGACAUGUAUGAAAGGGAGGAGAACAUUGGUCUUGAGGAGGAGAUGGGAGAUGAGAAUGGAGAGAAACAAGCUGCUGCUGAAGAUGGUCAAGAGAAAGAACUCUUUGAUGCGUAUGAAUUUGGUGGGCAAGAGGAGGAUCAGGAGCCUCCAGACCCCACUAUACAUGAGCUGUCACAUUUAGACGGAAAGUAUAUGGAUGGACAGAAAGUAUGCACCGCUCGUAUCAACAUCGAGCGGAGAUUUGUUUGUGUUGAUUUUCCUGCUGUAAUAAGGAAUAAAGACAAAGCAAUACAAAUGAUGGGUGGCAAAGAUUGCAUAGAGAAAAUUUUGUCCAGAUCUGGACGUUUGGAAGUGAAUUUCCGACCUGAAGAUCCAUUUUGCAAGCCAACGGUUAGCACAAACAAGAAAUGUAGCAAUCUACUGAUCAAAGUUCGACGCAGAAAAGCCACGGGUUCGACCACCAGCUCUGACGGGUUUGAGUAUAUGAUUGAAGUCCUGGGUAUCGUAGACUUAGUCUUCUUUUUUGACAAGCCAUGUGACUACCAGUUCCUACCUGUAAUCAAAACGGACAGUGGACAGUACCAGGAAAUGCUCUCAAAGAUGAUACCGACCUUGGAUGUGGACAGAAGUGAAUAUCUUGCUCGCUCCUGUCCCCUGUUCCUUCCUCCCAUCAUGUUCUCUCGGCGAGAGAAACCCUGCGUGUACGCUUUGGAGAAUGAUCCUCUCAAUCCGGAGAUCGACACAUUUCCUGAUUCGCUCAGGAAGAAACGAGUGCAUGGUACACACAUAAUCAAUUUUGAGGAUGAUUUCUUACCAACUGAACCCAUAGAUGUUGCCAGGUCUAAUGUUGAGAGAUAUUUCCCAAGUCACUCCUGCACCGAGGGUCUUGAGGCUUUGAAAAAGAUCUUUGAAGACCGGCCAAUAUGGUCAAAGGUUGCGUGCCAGGCUCAACUCGACCCAUCUCUUGGGCGACAACUGAAGUAUUUGCUCCCCAUGGUGGCCUACUACAUCAUGACUGGGCCUUGGCGGAACCUCUGGUGCAAGUUGGGCUUUGAUCCUCGCCAACACAAACAAACCAAGAUCUAUCAGGUGCUGGACUACAGGAUAAGAACUCCUUUUAAUAGAAACAAAAUACUUCGAAAGCGUCAUGUGGAUACAGCGCGGUCGUAUCAGAUGCAGACAAACCGAGUAUCGGAGCAGGAGACGUCCCUCGAGCAAAAGGAGCCCAGCAUAUCACAGCAACAAGAGGCCACCAGAGACAUCAACAGAUUUGAUCCCAAGUACAUGUUUCGUCCAGACACACUUCCACCCUACCGUCAGAUGAAGUAUCAACUGUGUGACAUAUACGAGGAACAGGUUCAAAAGAAAGUGCAUGAGAACGAUGGCAAAGAAAAAGAGUGCUCCGAGCGAGAUGGUUGGUGCGUGCCGGAUAUUGCUGACGUUUGUAGAGAUAUUAUCAACAGGCAUGUUGAGAGACUGCUGGAUCUGAAUACAUGAUGGGAUGUUGAGCAAUUCUUUAUUUUGUUGUUUCUUAUGCUGUACAUUUGAUGAAUAAAAAUCUUGAAAAUUAA